CCCGGAUGUGAGGAUGUGUGAGGAGGAGUAUAUAAGAGCAAGCUCACCAGCUCACUUCAUCAGUAUCGAGGAUAUCGGUCAUCAUCAUGUUUUCAUUUUUUGUGACAGUUCUUGUGCUCAUUCAAGUCAUUGCUACUUCUGGUGGUCAAAGUGUGUCAGAUGAGAGAAAUCAGCAGACAUGUGUGUCUGCUGGUGUACCUGGAGUACCUGGAUCACCUGGAGUUAAUGGAUCACCUGGACGAGAUGGAAUGAAAGGAGAAAAGGGGAUGAAUGGAGAGAAAGGAUUAGUUGGAGAUGGUGGUGCACAAGGAAUAAAAGGAGAAGAAGGAAGGGAAGGAGAGGAAGGAAUAAAGGGAGAGAGAGGAUUAGUUGGAGAUGUUGGUGGUAAAGGUAAUGCUGGGAAGAUAGGUCCACAAGGUUCACAAGGUCCACGAGGGAUAAAAGGAGAAACAGGAAGGAAAGGAGAGAAAGGAGAAGCUAUGACACUCAACUGGAAACAGUGUGUGUGGGAUAGAAGUGAUGGGAAGGACAGCGGUCUGAUUCAGAACUGUAAUUUUAGGAAACAUGACAGCAAUUCAGCUCUACAUGUUGCAUAUGCAGGAAAUCUCAAUGUGUACUGCACCAGUGGUUAUUGCUGUUCUCGAUGGUAUUUUACAUUCAACGGUAACGAGUGCAGUGGACCUAUGACUAUUGAGGGAGUUGUGUAUGGUGCUCCAACUAAUGAUAAUCCUCACCUGUUUUCACCCUUAUCUCUAAAGACCGGUCCAUGA